AGUUUCUACGCCUGCAGUAACCUUCAGGCGAAUCACUUUCUCUCUCAAAAGCUUUCUCUUUGCAAAUUGUUUUUCUCAUAGAUAAUAUAUAAAAAUGGCGGAAAGGAAGCUCUUCAAGACGAAGCUAUGCGUAUUAUACCGAAAAGGUCGCUGUCAUCGUCAAAAUUGCUCUUUUGCUCAUGGAAACGCCGAGCUUCGUCAAUCCAUGCCUUCUCGUUAUGGUACGCGGGACUAUCGAGGUGGUGACUUGAGGGAUAAACUUGAUCAAAGGCUUUCUCCUAAGCACCAGUAUUCCCCAGGAAAAGAUGCAAACAGACGAGACUCAUUUCGUGGAUCCAGCCCUUCCAGGUCUCUUGAGAAAAGCAAAAAACGUAGGAAGAAACAGCAGUAUGAUGGCCAAAGUGAUUUCUCUGGGAGUCUGAAAGUCUCAGAUAGGGCAGAUGACCAAGUUAAAGAAAGAUCAUCUGAGCUAAAAGAAAUGCAGUCAAACAUCAACAAGCUUGAGCACCACAAAUCUGAAUUAAUGAUCAUACUGGAAAAGAAAACUGAAGAAGCAGAUAGUCUUACUUCUAGAAUUCAGGAGCUUGAGGCUCAAUUAUCUGCAGAGAAAGAGGAAUGCAAAAGGAUCACUUCAAACAUCAAGAAGUUUGUCAAAGCAUAUAAGCACUAUGUGCGGGCUCAAGAUGAACUUAAAAGGUCAGAAGUUCGAUUUAAGAAGUUGGGAGAUCAGCUUGUUUCUGGUACUGCAACUGAUUGCAAUGAAGAGGAUUCAAGCAUCAAAAUUGUCAAUGAUGGAGAGAUAAAUGGUCAUUGUGCAAUCAGCGCACAGAAUGAGAUGCUAAAGCAGAAUAAUUCCUCUCCAAUUGAGAAAAGUUUGGGUGGUAAACAGUAUACCGCUGAAAAAUCAACACAAGGCAAUUUAACCAAUGGUGGCCAUCAGGCAGAGACUCUAAGACUGAGUAAGCUUUCCCAAUUUCAUUCACACCCCGUUCAGUUGAAUAGCAACCUGGAAUUUGGGGUGGUGGACAAUAGGAAUAACAGUCAUUUUCCUAUAGGAAAUGAAGGCAAGCAAAAGAAAGGAAAAGGUGUUUCCACCAGUAUUCCCUUGGAUAAGACCAAGGGUUCAUGCUCGGUGCUUCACGUACCAUCAACCAGCAUGGCUGCUCGUGCAAUUGAUAACCUAGUUGAAAUUGAAAUGGAGGAGAAUGUUGAAGUGGUUGAAAAUAUUUCUCGGGGGAUUGUUAGAGGAGGUGCUACAUAUGAGGCCCGAAGCUUGCCAUUUUCACUCCCCCCACCUCCUCCAAUCCAUCGAAAUUCCCAUUCAAAGUAUGAGGGUGAAGAUGAGAAUGUAGAUGUUGGAGGCCUAGAGGAGGAGAUGGUGGAUAUCGAUAUAGUCUGAUACCAUAAUGGCAUUCCACCUCUAUACUGUGCGGGAUUGAUCUGUGAGCUUCAUUUGUAUAGUUUUGGGUUUUACAACUAUCGCUGUUUUGUAGUUCCUAAAGACUUGGAUAUUAGUAUUGCUAUUAUUAUGGCAGCUCUGAUUGUGUUAACAUGGGGGUGUAGGGGCCAUGCUAGUUUUACUUGCAUCACCUUAUGCCUUGUACACAUGGGGGAGCACAUUGGUGCGGGCUGGUCUGGCACCUGCUCGUGCCUCGUAUAGCCAUCCUACCGCUGUACAAUGCAGUAGAUGCUAUAUAGUCAUUUAGCUUCUAGAUGCAUAACAUGGCCAUAUUUAUGAAUUUGUGAAUGCCAGUCGCCGGGUGUCUGAAGAUCAUGUCACUUGUGCUUGUAAUGAAAAAGGAGAGCCCUCGAGUAAAUCUUGAUCGGAAUAA